AUGGCGUGGUUUAGUGGGAAAAAAUCAUGGGGGAACUUCCCCGAUUUGGCGGGAGCCGUCAAUAAGCUUCAGGAGAGUGUGAAGAAUAUUGAGAAGAAUUUUGAUUCCGCUCUUGGCUUCGAAGAGAAUGCUGAGUCCAGCAAUGAAGCUGCAGGACCAUGGCCUAUAUCUACUGACAGGAAAGCCCUAUUUAAUCCUGUCAUGGCCUUUAUUGGAAACAAAAGUGAGGAAUCUACGGAAGAAAUGUCUGAAAAAGAUGAAUCCUCUCAACAAGAGUCUGAAACUGAGAAGUCAGCAGAAAAGCCUGAGUCUCUGGAUCAUACACUCGUGGAUGUAGGAAAAAAAUCCCUUGAAACUGAUAAUGAAGUCCAUGUGAAAGCUGAUGAAACCACUGCUCAAGAAGAAAAUAAGGAAGAAGAUGGUGAGCAUACAGAAUCAGCAGCAGAUGGAAUAAUUGCACAGAAUUUGGAUCAUGGAAAGGAUGAACAGCACUUACUGGAGAUGCCUGUUGAAUUGCCUGAAUCUCCUGUUGAGAAGUUUGAGAGUUCAGAUUCCGUUGACCAUUCUCAAGAGAAAGAGAUUGCCGAUGUGGAAACCUCUGUGAGUCCAGUGUCGAUGCAACUCAUGCCUCCUAGUCUUGCUGACAAAGUAGUUGAUGGUGUUAUUAGUGAGACAAGUGAUGGGCGUGAAACUUCUCAAGUUGAGACACAAGACGAGAGUAAAGAAGAGAGGGAGCAAGCAGAAGAAAGUGUAAAGAGAGUAUCUUCUGCUCAACAUGGGGCAUCAGGUGAUGGUGAGAAAAGAUAUGAUACGAACACUUCUGUUCUACAAUCUGUAGCUUCUAAGGAAGUCGGUAACUUUGAUCAGUCAAAUAUUGAACAGUUGUCAAGUGCUUCUCCACGAAAUGAAUCUUCUAAGGUGGUAACUGAAGUGGUUUCAUCUGAAAAUGAAACAACUGCAAAUGAAAAUGAAAGUGACCACUUUGCCCAUGAUGUUGAAACUGGUAUGAAAGAGCAUCAUAUGAGUACUGAAAGAACUAUGUCUGACUCUGGCUCCAUGAUUGAACUAGAGAGGGUCAAAAGGGAGCUGAAAAUGAUGGAGGCUGCACUACAAGGUGCUGCAAGACAGGCUCAGGCUAAAGCUGAUGAGAUUGCGAAAUUGAUGAAUGACAAUGAACAAUUAAAAGCCGUGGUGGAGGAUUUCAAGAGAAAAUCCAAUGAGGCAGAAGUUGAGUCUUUGCGAGAGGAAUACCAUCAGAGAGUUGCAACUCUUGAGAGAAAGGUUUACGCUCUCACUAAGGAAAGGGAUACACUUCGUCGAGAGCAGAGUAAGAAAAGUGAUGCAGCUGCUCUCUUGAAAGAAAAGGAUGAGAUAAUUACUCAAGUUAUGGCAGAAGGUGAAGAGCUUUCCAAAAAGCAGGCUGCUCAAGAAUCCACAAUUAGGAAACUAAGGGCUCAGAUUAGAGAUCUUGAGGAGGAGAAGAAAGGUUUGACUACUAAACUUCAGGUAGAGGAGAAUAAAGUAGAAAGUAUCAAGAGGGACAAGACAGCUACAGAGAAGUUGUUGCAAGAAACAAUAGAAAAACAUCAAAAUGAAAUUGCAGCACAGAAAGAAUAUUAUACAAAUGCUUUGGCUGCUGCUAAGGAAGCUGAAGCAUUAGCUGAGGCUCGUGUGAACAAUGAAGCAAGAACUGAGCUAGAAAGUCGUCUGAGAGAAGCUGAGGAACGUGAAUCUAUGCUAAUACAGGCACUCGAAGAAUUGAGGCAAACAUUAAGUAGAAAGGAGCAACAGGCCGUCUUCAAAGAAGACAUGCUUCGCAGGGACAUUGAGGAUCUUCAAAAACGUUAUCAGGCAAGUGAAAGACGUUGUGAGGAACUGAUUACGCAAGUUCCAGAGUCCACAAGGCCACUUUUAAGACAAAUUGAAGCCAUGCAGGAAACAAAUGCCAGGAGAGCUGAAGCUUGGGCUGCUGUUGAAAGAACUCUCAAUUCUCGACUUCAGGAAGCUGAGGCUAAAGCUGCAACUGCAGAGGAAAGAGAGCGAUCAGUGAAUGAACGUUUAUCUCAGACCUUGUCUCGAAUUAAUGUCCUUGAGGCUCAGAUUUCCUGUCUUAGAGCAGAACAGACUCAAUUAAGUAGGACCCUUGAAAAGGAGAGGCAAAGGGCGGCUGAAAGUAGGCAGGAAUAUCUUGCAGCAAAGGAGGAAGCUGACACUCAAGAAGGUCGUGUGAGACAGCUUGAGGAAGAGAUUAGAGACAUUAGACAGAAAUACAAGCAAGAGUUACAGGAGGCGUUGAUACAUAGAGAGCAUCUUCAGCAGGAGAUAGAAAAAGAAAAAGCUGCUCGAGCAGAGCUGGAGAGAACUGCACGUGCUAAUUCUGCUCCAUUAUCAAAUCAAACUACCACUACAAAGCUAACUUCUGCUUUUGAAAAUGGGAACCUGUCUCGGAAAAUCUCUAGUGCAAGCUCUCUAGGAAGCUUGGAAGAAAGCCACUUUCUGCAAGCAUCGUUGGACUCAUCUGAUAGUAUUUCUGAGAGGAGAAACCCAGGAGAAGUAAGCAUGAGUCCUUACUAUGUCAAAAGCAUGACACCCAGUUCUUUUGAAGCUGCACUUCGUCAGAAGGAGGGUGAACUUGCUUCAUACAUGUCACGCCUGGCAUCACUGGAAUCUAUUCGCGAUUCUCUUGCUGACGAGUUGGUCAAAAUGACAGAACAGUGUGAAAAGUUGCGUGGGGAGGCUGCUGUAUUACCUGGCUUACGAUCAGAGCUAGAAGCACUAAGGAGGAGGCACUCUGCUGCUUUGGAAUUGAUGGGUGAACGUGAUGAAGAGCUGGAGGAACUUCGUGCGGAUAUUGUAGACUUGAAGGAAAUGUACAGAGAACAAGUGAAUUUGCUUGUUAAUAAGAGUGAUAAUAUAUUGGAGAAUAAUGCCUUGGGCCUCUGGAGAAUGAUUCGUUCAGAUCAGGUCAGUGUUGGCUUAUUUGUCAGAACUUCUCAAGAAAAUAAAAAAAAAGGUGAGAUGCAGGCCAAGGAGGAUCAGAAUAUUCAACAGAAUGAAGCUGUUGGUUCAAUUGCUCCAAGAUAUGAAUCUGAUACAAUUCAGCCAAUAGGGAGUCCAUGGAGCACUGGACUAUUUGACUGUCAUGAGAAUCAGACAAAUGCUGUUAUGACAUCAUUUUUCCCAUGUGUAACAUUUGGACAGAUAGCAGAAAUAUUGGAUGGUGGAGAACUUAGUUGUCAUCUGGGGAGCUUCAUUUAUCUGUUAAUGAUGCCUGCUUUGUGCUCUCAGUGGAUAAUGGGGUCAAAGUACAGAACAAAGUUGAGAAAGAGGUAUAAUUUGGUGGAAGCUCCAUAUACGGACAUAGUCUCUCACAUCUUUUGUCCAUGCUGUUCCCUUUGUCAAGAGUUCAGAGAGCUACAAAUUAGAGGACUUGACCCUGCUCUUGGGUGGAAUGGCAUUCUUGCACAAAAGCAUGCAAAACAGCAAAGUGAUCAAACAUUGAAGAAUCCUCCUUCAAACCAAUUCAUGUCCAAGUGA